AUCUAAAUAAAUGUCGUUAGUCAAGUGGAUGGGAGCCAUCUCUGAUAAACAUCAUAUCCUUAUGAGAGUUUUGAAGUACCUACCUACCUACUUGUGUGUUGCUUAUUCAGAAGUCCGCAUUACGUCAGCACUGCUAAUUAUUGAGCUCACGCACUGGGAGUAAUGUGUACAUGGUAUAGGCAUUUAGAUCUAAGUCUCUAGAUCUGGUAUCUGCCGCCUUAGCAUCGGCAUUUGUGUAGGCUGCUGUAUGCGACCCUAAGUAAGGGUCUACUCAAAGCUGAGCCUACAUAAAGACCCACAACCAACAACUCUUGGAUUGGUAAUCCGAUCUUUGAAACCACUACCGAGUAUUUCUCAUCAACGCCUUCUUAUCGCUUCUUCAGCGCAAUGAAUCUGGGGCAGGAUGGUAUUAGUGAUCUGGAAGACGAGAUGCUUCUCGUUUGUUGUUUAGUCAUGUCAAAUACUCCUACUCCCAACCUAGAUAAAAUAGUAGCAUGCCUCAAAGUAUAUUGAUUUUUCGAAGUGACCAGGCAACUACUAUCACACUGAACUAAAUAUCUAGAUCGACUUACUUGAACCGCGCCGUUGACAACUGAAAGCGGCAUCUGUACCUCUAGCAGUAACCCACAGGUACCGCAUCACGCUCGGAACCGUUUCUAAACUUCAAGUGUGUUUGACAUAACACGAGGUGCAAUAUGUCCUCUGUUAUACGUGAUACACCACUAGGACAAUUCGUCCGCUUCAUCACGCAGCACCGCGUUGUUCGGUACCCAGAGGAGGAACCAGAUUUCCAGCUUCCAGACACGUGGGUCAGGGUCAUCAACUCCGACAAAGCUGAAUACUCAGCCUCAUCUACCUGUUCCUCUGAUACAGUUACACUAUGUCCCAAUGAUGAGAGAUUUCUCUCAUCCGAUGAUGUUAGCUCCACUGGGACGGAGAGUCCAGCCAAAAGAGUCUCGAACGAGAAACAAGGUGUCCAAGAUGACAUCGAACAAGCCAUCGAAAGGGUGAAGUCAAUGCCCAUCGCUCCGCACCGGACCGCAGAUGGCACCAUUCUCGUAGACUGGUACUCGACAGACGAUCCGGAGAACCCUCGCAACUGGAAAAAUCUACGCCGUGCGCUCGUCGCGCUCGUUCUCUGUCUCUACACUUUCGUCGUGUACACGUCCAGCGCCAUCUACAUAAACUCGGAACCAGGUAUCAUGAGAGAGUUUGGCGUCAACGCCACCGAAGCCUCGUUAGGGCUCGCGUUGUUUGUGCUGGGUUACGGCAUCGGACCCUUGCUCUGGUCACCUCUUAGCGAGCUACCCAGCGUUGGCCGUAAUCCCGUUUAUUUCUGGACCAUGUUAGCCUUCGUGAUCUUAUCGAUCCCGACAGCUUUUGUCACAAAUUAUCCCGGAUUGAUGGUAUUGCGUUUCUUACAGGGCUUCUUCGGCUCCCCUUGUCUUGCGAACGGCGGCGCUUCGCUCGGUGAUCUGUACAGCGACCUGCAUCUACCUUACGCGCUCAUCGCGUGGGUGAGCGCCGGUUACUGUGGCCCUGCGCUUGGCCCUCUCCUAUCGGGCUUCUCGGUGCCUGUCUUAGGCUGGCGAUGGUCGCUUUUGGAGAUUCUCUUCGCUGCAUCUGCCGUCCUUCCCUUCAUGUUCGCUUUGCUGCCCGAGACAUCUUCGGCGACAAUCCUCUUACGACGCGCUCAACGAUUACGUCAGCUCACGGGAAAUCCUGCAUUCAAGUCGCAGUCCGAGAUCGACCAACAGGAUAUGUCGAGCCGUGAUAUCUUCGUCGAUGCGCUGAUCAAGCCGCUUGAGAUCACCAUCAAGGACCCGGCCAUCUUGUUCGUCCAGCUGUACACAGCUGUCGUCUACGCGACGUACUACUCUUUCUUCGAAAGCUUCCCGCUCGUUUACCCCGUCUACUACGGGUUGACACCCGGCCAGAUUGGCCUCGUGUUCCUCGCCAUACUCGUUGCGUGUCUCCUUGGCGCUGUCGUCUAUGCCUCCUAUAUACACUUCUACAUGAAUCCGCGGAUUCGCGCCCUCGGGGAACCUGUGCCAGAGACCCGACUCGUCCCCGCGCUCGUUGCGGCCGUGGGCCCGACCCUGGGUCUAUUCAUCUUUGCAUGGACCGCGCGCCCUGACAUCCACUGGAUUGCCCCUACGGCGGGCAUUACACUUUAUGGUGCCACCGUUUUCGUCGUAUUCCAGUGUAUAUUCGUUUACGUCCCUCUAAGCUAUCCGAAAUACGCAGCGAGCUUAUUCGCUGGCAACGACUUCUUCCGUUCUGCGCUCGCGUUUGCUGCCGUACUGUUCGCCCCGCCUCUAUUCGAGGACCUAGGAGUUGCAAGAGGCAACAGUUUGUUGGGCGGCUUGAGUGUCGUGGGUGUCAUUGGUAUUUGGACUUUGUACAUCUUUGGCGCCAGGCUUAGGAGCAUGAGCAAGUUUGCGAUUUCUGAUGAGUAACGAACUAAAAGGCGAUGUACGCGGCGAUGAUUCAGGCUAUAGUUUGAUAAAGAGUCACACUCCAAAUCCUUGGGGUUGGUCUCAGAAAGGGGUUUGAAACUGUUAUUUCAGCAUUGGGCGGCGUUUAAAAGCAAGGAUAAACCUGUUUUUACUGGUUACCC